GAUUCUCAGCAAUUACUUCCGUUCGGUGAUCGCCCUCUCGUCCGACGACUUAAUCAAAUCCAUAUACCUUUGUCUCAACAAAGUUUGUCCCGAUUAUGAAGGCCUCGAAAUGGGAAUCGGUGAGUCGUUGAUAAUAAAAGCGAUCGCAUCGGCGACCGGAAGAACUAAGGAUCAAAUCAAAGCCGACAUCGAGAAGAAGGGAGACAUGGGAACAGUGGCCGAAAUGAGUCGAUCCAAUCAGAAGGUGUUGUUCGCACCGCCGAAGCUGACCGUCGGCUCAGUGUUUGACAAAUUCAAAGCAAUCACUCAAAUGAGUGGUAACUCAACGCAGGACAAGAAGUGUAAAAUGAUUGAGUCUAUGUUAGUCGCCUGUCGUGACUGUGAGGCCCGAUAUCUGGUCAGAUCGUUGGCCGGGAAGUUGCGGAUAGGUUUGGCGGAACAGUCGCUCCUCAAUGCCAUCACUCAAGCGGUGAUUAUGACCAACAAUGAGAAGCUGAAGAGAGGGUCCGAUAAGUUUAAGACACAACUGGCCGACGCUUCCCUUAUA